AAUUCUUCACUCACUCCCAAAAAAAGCUUCAGCAAAAAGAGAAUCAAUUCCUAAAAUUGCUUCCAUUCUUCGAAGAUUUCAAUCAAUUCAGCUGGUAUUAUGGCGGAUUCAGGCGAUCGGAAGUCAUCGGCGCGGCGGCAAUCGAACAGGUUGCAGAGGAGAGCGCCGGCGUCGUUGCAGAUCGGCCCUGCGCCGGAGUGGAAGGCGGCGAUUCCGCUUCUGUCGCCAUUGAUUCAAUCGCCGACCUCCGAUGAUGCGGCGCUGGAGGUCAGAUCUGAGACGUCCGCCGCGGCGGUGGCUGAGAAGCCGGUGGUGGUGAUGAAAAAGUGGCAGCAUCCGGCUGCGCCGUUCGGCUAUGAGCCGGCGCCGUUUAUGCCUUUUGUACAGAUUGGGGUUUCUGAGAGAUUAGGAUGAUUUCUAUAUACUUAUCUUUUUAAUUUUUUUGAUUA